AUGAAUGACAGAUUCACUCCAUUAACAUUCAAACCUAGGAUGAAGGAGAAAACGAAUCCACAGUGGUUGACGGAUGGGAUGAGGACGCCAAAUACGCGCUGGCAGUGCAAUACCGACGGCAAGACCCAUACACACAAGAAGAAAUUCUGGACGAAGAUUGGAGGAUUCCUAGACUUCCCGUGGCGCGAGGUGGAAGCGAUGCACUUUGAGCUGGGCAAGGAAGAUCUCUCAUCUAGAGCAAACGAGGCGUCACGAAAUCCUACCACCAGCGACCGGAUAAUGGACGUUGCCAAGGAGAUAGAGUAUCUCCGCAGCAUCUUCUACUAUGAUAUGGAUGAACCCCAUGAGCCACUUACGUACCCUCGCUUGCUGGAUGCGUUGGGCGGGAUAUCAAUCUGCACCACCGCCCUGAUUAAACAGAUAGAGACAUCGCCUGGUCCCUGGAGCCCUCGUGUUAUUGGAUUGAUGGAAGAGAUGGUUCUUGACCUGUGGAUAUUGGUAUCGGACGAGCUUGCAAACGUGGAUUGGAACCCGAUAUGGGGCCGUGGUGAGACCUGCAUAUUGCACAUAGGCAAUGAAUGA